UGGGCCACCCGGGCUCCUGGCAUGUCCGUGCGGUACACGCUCAACCUGCGGGUCUUCUGGCCCUUGGUGACCGGGCUGUGCACGGCGCUGGUGUGCCUCUACCAUGCCCUACGCAGCAGCGAGGACGCCCGGGCCGAGCCCUCCGACGGCGCAGACAGCGGCUUCCCGCUGCUCAAGGUGGCCAUCCUUCUUCUCCUCGGCUACAUCCUCCUACGAUGUCGCCACGCCAUCCGCCAGCGCCUCUUGCCAGGCUCUUCCCGCCCGUGUGGCCAUGCCAACUUCUCAGCCAGAUCUUUGCAAGAGCCAGGCCUGAGCAUCUUACUGGAGAGUUACUAUGAGCACGAGGUGCGCCUAUCGCCACAUGUGUUAGGUCACAGCAAGGCGCACGUGAGCCGGAUCGUGGGGGAACUGGUGCAAGCUGGCCGGGCCCGAGGGUCUCCGGGCCCCAUCACCGGGGGAGCGCUGGCUUUGGCCUUCCGAGGAGACUUCAUCCAGGUGGGUAGCGCCUACGAGCAGCAUAAAAUCCGUCGACCUGACAGCUUCGACGUGCUGGUGCCACUGCGACUCCCGCCGCAGGUGGCGCUGGAGCCGCGGAGUCUGGGGACCGAACCUACGCUGACCCCGGCCUUCCGCAGCUGCUUCGUGUGUGCCCUCAAGGCACCGCCCUCGCCAUCGGGGACCUCGACAGGUCAGUGGCAUCGCGACUGCAAGCCCUUCGCUGAAGGCUUCUGUGUGGAUGUGCAGGGCCGUCGCCACCUCUCAGCUACCCUGGUGCUGCGCUGGUUCCAGGCGCACCUACAGCGCUCCUUGGCCACCGUCCGCUACAGCUUGGAGGGUCGCUGUCGGGUCAGCCUGACCCCAGGUGGUCUGGAGCAGCCCCCCACCCUCCACAUCCUUCCUUGCCGUACGGACUAUGGCUGCUGCCGCCUUUCCAUGGCUGUGCGCCUCAUCCCUGCUGUCCACCUGGGUGACGGCGUCUUCCUUGUGGCACCGCCGCCACCACCCUCGCCUAGCGGAGCCCUGUCAGAGCUCCCAGGUGGCCUGUGCGCCGAAGCACUGUGGGGUGUGAACACAGCACGUCAGGAGCAGAAACUGCUGGGCUGGCUUCAGGAACGGGCACCUCCAGGUGCCUGCUACCUCAAGUGCCUGCAGCUGCUUAAGGCUCUUCGAGACUUGGGUGCCCGCGGGCUGGACCCGAUGGCUGCUACACACUGGGGACGCAUCUUGUCUUCCUACGUGCUCAAAACGGCGGUGCUGGAGGUGCUUCUGAACGAGGGUGGCCCAACGCCUAGCUGGGACGAGGCACACCUGAGCGAGUGCUUGGAGAAGUUGGUGAAGUUCCUUAGGGACUGCCUGCUGCGACGCCGAGACCUCUUCCAUUGUGUCCUAGGCCCGGCUGGGGCAGCUGCCGAGGUUGGCCCCCUGCCCAAGGUGCUGCGCGAGGCCGCUCCAGUUGACCUCCUGGCACCUUUCGACCCGCACGCCCGGGAGCUUGCAGCUGCGCGGUUGCUGUCCACCUGGCGAAGGUUGCCCCAGCUUCUCCGGGUCUACGGUGGUCCCCGCUACCUUGCCAGGUGCCCCGCACCCCGGAGUCAACGCAAGCAGGGCUUCCCUGAAGAUGAACCAUGAGCACCGAUUAACUCCACCUGACCAAAUGCCCCUUUCCCUCGGAUUGAAAGCACGGAUGGCAGCUAAAUUCAAGACAAGCUGUUCGGGUGUCGGAAAGUUUGAAGGAUGUCACAGGAUCUGGUGGCACAAAUGUUCUGUCCUAGGCUCCUUCGCCUAAGAUAGCAGUGGUGUCUUCUGCAGACCUAGUAGAGUAUCCUGGGUGGUCUUAUAUGCAGAUCUCUCUGCCCCCAAAUUAUUAGAAGCAAUCAUUUUUUAUAUACAUAUUUGGUAGACACUAGGUACUCAAUUGGCCCAUAGUUUUGGAGGGAUGUUGCAUGCAUGUUUCACUGCUGGGGCUGGAAUCCUGGACCCCUAUGCUAAGUGGGCCCUCUACCAUGAAACCACAUCCUGGUCCCCUAGUUGUUUGCUUGUUUGUUUUUAAAGAAUUCUUAUCCACAACUGGAAUUGAAAUUCUAGUCCAGCUGUUAGCAUUCCAGAGUCCUAAUUUAGCUAUUUCCAUGAGCGUGCAUGUAUUUUUUAGUGGUGCCAUCACAGGUUUGUUGAAUAAGAUUAAUGGAGUUGUCAUAAGUUAAGUGACCCAUGCUAAGAGGUGGCCAAGAGCUGGGUAGAGACUUUCAGAGCAAGUGGCACUUUAUGUCCAGCCAUUUUCUUGUGCUGUGUUUGUUGGAACCGAGGGCUGUUCAAAAGAGCUUCCGCACAGUUAUAUGAAAGACCAGGGCUCUGAAAAGCAGCCAGUGGCCAUUCAGCACUCCUCCAGGUCACAGGGGGUGUGGGGGGGAUUUGCACUUGACACCCAAUACUGUUCAUUUCAGCCAGGCAGAAUGCAGAGGGGGGAAAAGGUCCUUAAUUAAGACAAGUCUGGCAAAAGUGUAGAACUAAGUCUUGAAAAAGAUCCUGCCUAGGGCUUACCGUCAGCUGGACACAACCCGCUUAUGUUUCAAAGCUUCUGAGCAAAGGCCCUGUAGGCUUGUCUUAGAGUAUAAGGACCUUUGAGGAAGGAGAAAAUGCUUGGCAUGCUGCCUGGUAUGGGUUAGGGUUCAGUGAUGGCUGAUAUCGGGGUAGUGGUUGGAAGGUUCUUGAUUACCCGGGCAGCCUUACGUCGUCUUGAAGGCCGGUUCUUGCUUGUGCUUAUGACUUGUAAAGUAGUAGCUUGAGGCGUGUGCUUGGAGACCUGUUAGUCCCCAGCAGUAGGCAGAAGAGAUUGGUGACAGGAGCUGAGGGAGAAAGGAAGGAGCUGCUCUUACAGUGCUUUGCUCUUCUCGGCCUGGGUACCUCUUGCUGUUGGGAGGAGCCCAUUCUCCAGUGCCUUCAAUCCUCCCGCCUUCCAGACAACUUCCAAUAGCAGUUCAAGUUUAGAAAGCUUCAUCUUCCUCUCUCCUGGUGGAACGUGUGGCCAGUCUCAGUAAUACACUUAGGGAUUUUUUUUUUUUUAAACAACAAAGAUCUGUGCUCCCUUAGACUCUUUAAAGUGAAGGUUAGAAGACAAAAAUAGUCACAUGAAUAAGGUCAUUGUUUAAUUUCUUAGCUGUGUGGAGGGAACUCUGCAAACCCCUUUUUCUGGGGCACCCAGUUGGCAAUCGAGGGGAAUAGACUGAGGGACUUCUCAUUUGUCCUUUGCAACUCCAACUGAAAGAGAAACAACUCACUGAGUUGUUUUAGGGGCCAUUCCUCUUGAUACCCCAGAGGUCAUUCCUAGUUUUUUGAGGCCAAUACUUGGUCAUAAGGUACGGCAUUGGAUGAAAGGGUUGGUCUGUCAGCCUCUUGAAAAGAUAGAAAUUGCACAGUGGAUUUGAUUUUAAUUACUUUAAAAAGCCAAUGCCAAGGGAAGAUUGUGCGCGCCUGUGUGUGUGUGUGUGUGUGUGUGUAUGUGUGUGUGUAUGUGUGUGUGUGUAUGUGUGUGUGUGUUUGUCUGUCUGUCUCUCUGUGUGUGUCUGUGUGUCGCUGUGUGUGUGUGUAUCUGUGUGUACAAUACACACAUGACUUCUAUACUCAGUCUGUUGCUUCCUCUGUAGUCAUUAAGAUAGAAGAGGGGAGAGACAAGUUUCCAACUAUUUCUAGCUAGGCUAGGAAUUUCUAGCUAAGGAAUCCUUUUAUUUUUUUUAAAUCUUGAUAAUAUUUUAAAGUAUAAAUCUGGUUAGGAUCAUAAAAAUGAAUAGCUUAUAUAAAUAUCUUUUUGUAGUUUUUUUUCCUUUUUUUGUGUGUGUCAAUUACCCAAAGCUUCAUCCAUCCUCAAACUUUUAAAGUUUAUUAUUAUUAUUAAAUUAAUGGGCAUUGUGUUUGUAAAUUUUUAAAAAAUAUUAAUGUUUUAUUUAAGUGCCAUGCUCUGAACAGUUGUUCUCACUAUGUGGCAACAAAAAUUUAAGAGAUUUCGAUCAAUUUUGAUCAAUGUUUAGUGAUCUGAAACAUGUACUGUGUACAGAUGCAAUAAUACAGCUGUUAACCGAGUACAGUGGCUGCCCAAGGCCUUUACAUUCAGCUCAGUUCUGCAUUUCAUUAUGGCGACUGUCAUGGCCUCUAUCUGACAUCUAUCUAUACACUUUUGGUGUCUAUUUGGUGCUGGAGAGUCAUAUAUGCCAAUAUUUUCAUACAAGAUGGCUCUACCAAAAAAUAAAAAGAGUUGUUUAGCCAGUGCCCAAAGAAAACGGCUUGAGGAAGAUGACUCAGCUCUUUUGCAUCCAGCCACUUCAGUAACUCCCACUGCCCAGCUCGGAGCCUUCCUGGAAUGCUCGUGGGCUGGGAGAAUAUGCGUUUUGCAAAAUGAAGGAGAGGACAGUUUGAGUGGAUGCAAAUAUUCUCUGAGGAGUUGGGGGAGGAGGACUUAAGGUGUGUGUGAAAGGGAGAGAUGGGGGGGAGACAGGUGAAGACACCUCAAGGGUGGGAGAGAGAUUUGGGUGAGGAAAUGUGUUUUUAGGUAUGUGCUGUUUCUGGUCAGGAGUCACAAACUCAGAAGCCUAAAGGCAGGGAGAUAAAUAAGAGGUGGGAGGGUGUGGGGACUCCGCCUUCCUUAAAGGAGGCAGCUCACCUCAGGCUGGAAAAGAAAGGGUGGGGCCAAAAGUCAGCAUUUCAAAUUAAAAUACUAAAGCUCACUGGUCUUUAAGAAGUAAUUUAAGAUGUCUAAAACCACCAAGUGAGCCAGAUAUUUGGUUGAACCUGAGGACACCAGUUUGCAACCCCUUGCCCAGUUAGCCUUCCCCCAGGUAUAUACAGGCUUAUCCUCUUUGCCAUAGAGACAAUGGUUAAAUAUAUAUAUAUAUAUGGGGGGGGGUGUUAGUUCAUUUCUACUUUAUCUCUCAGAGUUAAGCUUUGUUAUAGGAAUAACAGCAGAAAAAAAUUAACACAGCCACAAAUAACAUUUAUCCCCAGUUCCUGGUAGGGCUCCCAUGCAAGCCUGGCCCUCCAGUUAAAAUCCCAGCUAAAACACUUGGGGUGGAUUUUUUUUUUUCUUUCUGGUGAUUUGAGGUCAAUUUCUUAGCCUAGCUGGAGCUUGCCGAUGAGUAAUAAAGAAGAAUUGCAGAAUAACUUCUUUCUUUGUAUUUGGUUCUUAUGUGAAAAUUAAUUUUUUUGUUGUUGUUGUUGUCCAUAGUAACCUAGCCUGGGCCUUCACAAUGUUGGUUGGAGACAUUAAACACCAGCAAAACCAAAACAAAAUCAACCAGCCAGUGUUCCAACUUUGAGCCAAAUUGCAUGGAUUUGUACUAUUCCCACCUCUAAGAACACUGGCAGCCUUUCUAUUCCUUUCUGACUCAGUGUCUCCCAUCAAAAUGAGCACCAGCUGAGUCUCCUUCCAAAGCGUCUCUUGUCACCUCCCAGAGGAAAUCACGUUUUCCAUAGAACUGUGCUUCCUGGCUUUGACCUUGACAAAGAGAUUUUCCCCCCAUGUCUACACAAAGGAAAAUUUUCUCCUGUGGUGGAAAAAUAUGAACCUCACCCAAAUUUCUGACAUCCCCAAGAGGGAAACUGGCUCAGUGUUACCCCUGUGGUAUGUGUUAGUUUUUUUCUUUCUUUGCUUGUCUGUAACUUAGACAUAUCUAUUUAUUUUUUAUGGCACAUGGUGGGGUGGGAGUAAUGCCAGUGUAUAAGUCAAGAGAGGGUGGUAAAUUCCAGAUCAUGUACACAGAAAAAAUGGAUGGAGAGCUACAGCUAACUGAUAUGUAAUCUGGUUCUGGGAAUAUUAGAUAUGCAGGGAUAUUUUAGCACCUUUUGAGGGGGGAGACAAAAGAUGUCUUGGUUCAGUCACUUGAAGCAUUCCAGCUCUGGCUGUUUUUAACGUGCCUUCUGACCCCACACUGCAUAUAGGAAUACAGUUUGGGGUCACAGUUACAGCCUAAGUUUGUUCCAAUAAAAGAGACCAAAGAGUUAAUCAGACCUAGUUGGCUGCUAUAACAACUGUGUGAUUAAGGUGUCUUCAUUGCACAGUUUUCAUGGCCCUGGUGGUCAAGGCCUCUCUGUCACUCAUCUUCAUUCGAAGUGGAGUGUAUUUGCACUUUCGAUCCUGUGGGUCACUAGGGGACCUUGUUCUUUCCAAUUUUGCUAUAUCAAUAAAGGAACUUGUGGAAACCUC